CACCGCAGCCCGUUGCGGACGGGGUCGCCGCGGGCUCCGCUCCUUGCCGCCGACAUGAAUUAUUCUCGGUUUCUCACAAGUGUGAGUGCGGCAAGAAAAGCCUCUCCAAUAAGAGUUCUGACUGAAUUGAUGCAAAAGUCUCCUCCGUCUCUCAUCUCUCUGGCUGGAGGGGCCCCAAACCCUGCCGUUUUUCCAUUUAAGAAGGCUACUAUUGCCACUGGACAUGGAAACGCUGUUGAGAUUGGGGAAGACUUAAUGAAGAGGGCUCUUCAAUACUCUGCCUCAGCAGGGAUUCCAGAACUGUUGUCGUGGCUGAAGAAUUUUCAGAGGAAUCUACACAAUCCCCCCACAGCCAACUACAGUCCUGAGGGAGGACAAAUGGAAGUGUGUGUCACAACUGGCAGCCAGGAAGGCUUAUGCAAAGUGUUUGAAAUGCUCAUUAAUCCUGGGGACAGCAUCCUUUUGGAUGCCCCCACAUAUUCUGGGACACUAGCAGCUCUGAGACCUUUGGGCUGUAACAUCAUUAAUGUUCCUAGCGACCAACAUGGCAUUAUUCCAAAAGCUCUAAAAGAAAUUCUGUCCGCUUGGAAUCCAGGAGAUAUAAAAAAUCAUAGCUGCCCUCUCCCCAAGUUCCUGUACACGAUUCCAAAUGGCUGCAACCCAACUGGAAACUCUCUGACCGCGGAUCGCAAGAAGGAGAUCUAUCAGCUUGCAAGAAAAUAUGAUUUCCUUAUUAUAGAAGAUGAUCCUUACUACUUUCUUCAGUUUGAAAAGCCGUGGGCUCCAAGUUUCCUCUCAAUGGACGUGGAUGGCAGAGUCAUCAGGACUGACUCAUUCUCUAAAGUUCUCUCAUCUGGGUUGAGAGUUGGUUUUCUGACAGGUCCCAAGCCUCUUAUCGACAGAGUUAUUCUACACAUUCAGGUUUCUACAAUGCACACCAGCACUUUCACACAGAUGAUAAUUUCACAGCUUCUUCAGCAGUGGGGAGAAAAGGGUUUCUUGGAGCACACAGACAGAGUUGUGGAGUUCUACAGGACCCAGCGGGAUGCAAUGCUCAUUGCUGCUGACAAAUGGUUGAAAGGCUUGGCAGAAUGGCAUUCUCCUGCUGCUGGCAUGUUCUUAUGGAUCAAAAUUAAGGGAGUUUCUGAUACACAGCAGCUGAUCAUGGAAAAAGCUUUGCAAAAAGAAGUGUUACUGGUUCCUGGGGGAGUGUUCAGCAUCGAUAGUUCAGAGCCCAGUCCCUAUGUCAGAGCUUCUUUCUCUCUGCCUUCUCCAGCCCAGAUGGAUCUGGCUUUCCAGAGACUGGCUGAUCUUAUAAAAGAAGCUGUACGGAAAAAAUGAGUAGAGCUCAUACAGCUAUCAAAAUCAUCUCAAGAAAAUAUAUAUUAACAUUGGGACUUCGUCAGAACACUUUAAAAACAAGCACAGCACCAUGGAUGUUUCCAUUGAUUCAGCUAAAAAAAGAAAAGAAAAAAAAAAAGAGUGAAAAACACAUUGCUGAUUUUUUUUUUUUUCUUUGUCAAUACAUUGCACUGCUAAAUUUAUUCUAAUCCAAAAAUGUUUGAUAUGCUUAAAAACAAGAUGUUCUGCUUCCUGUCAAAUCCAUCGUAUUCACUUGAUUUUGGCUUUUGCUUUCUGUUUGGGUUAGGAAGCGGGGAAAUCAGUCACUGAGGAAGUUACACCUAAGGUAGUUGUAGGCAUUCUUAAUCCUAACUGAUACAUUCUGCCAAGACCUUUUGUUGGAAUUGGUUUUUUAUUUUGCUUUCCUUCUUGUCCUGCGGUACAUUGGUUUUGAGAAGAUCAGUGUUAGGUUUUACUAAAGUUUUGUCAGAUAAAAAUGAGGUUGGGAUGUUUUAAAUUGGAAACUGGCAUAGCAAAAUCAAGCCACAAUUACAAACGCUGGCUUAAGAUUCUUUGCAAUUAGCAGUGGUCUUGCAACUAAUUUUUCUAGUUUUUAUAGGUUUUCUGUUUGCUUGUUUCCACUUUGGUCUGUGAGUAAUUACUCUGUGUCUUAGAAAAUGGCUGGUAAGCAAAGGCAUGUGGAUGUGCUCAUAGAACUGCUGCCUUGGUUAACUGCAGACAUCUUUCUUAAUAGAGAAGAGCAUAAGUAACUGAACUGAGCCCUGGAAUGAACAGUACCUUGACACAGAUGUACAAAGCAAGCCAAACACUAAAAUAAAGAUGUUUUGAGCUUUGA